AUGUGUGACGGGUUUCAGUUGGUCGGACGCAUCCCUUAUCUCUCUACCCAGCCAAGGCAUCUGGUUGUUGCCAGUGAAGUCGCAACGAUGAACUUUCUCCGUCUACAUGAUAUCCUUGUACCCAAGAUCUACGAUUACUCAACUACGCCAGACAAUGGAGCUGGGACUGAAUACAUGUUUAUGGAGCUGGCCCGUGGGAAGAACUUGGGCGACAUCUGGUUUGACCUGUCGAUAGAGGCCAGAAUCACUGUCGUCACUAGCCUUGUCGAGUUAGAGUCUCGAUUGUUCUCUCUUACCUUUCCAGCAAGUGGUAGUCUGUAUCACACCAAAGAUAUACAACCUGGGCUAGAGAGGGUCGAGGUGCCGAUCGCGGAUUCUGCAUACGAUGGUCACUUUUGCAUCGGCCCUGAUACAAGUCUUAGCUUUUGGCGUGGAAAAAGGCUCAACAUCCAGACCAACCGUGGACCAUAUCCAGCAGCCGCUCUUGAAGCUGGGGCCAGAAAAGAGAUUGCAUAUCUAACAAAAUUCGGUCGACCGCUCCACCCGUUUCAACGUCUACACCGAGAAAUCCAUGGUUACCAGGCACAAUCCCCCUCUGAACAUCUGAGUAACUUGGAAAAAUACCUGCAAACUGUGCCUUACCUCGUACCAGACGGCAACAGUACCCUGGUCCGCCCGACAAUGAGACAUCCUGAUCUUCAGCCGAAUAACAUUUUUGUAACAGAUGAUUUCAGGAUUGCAAGUGUGAUUGACUGGCAGCACUGCACAAUACUUCCACUUUUCCUGCAAUGCGGUAUCCCCAAUAGUCUUCAAAACUACGGUGACAGCAUCUCCGAAUCACUUACAUUUCCUGAACUACCGCCGAAUUUCGACGAGCUAAGCGAAAACGCACAGUUUCGGGAGACAAUGCUCUUACAUCGGCGUCAAGUUCACUACUUCUAUGUCGUGGCGACUGCCUCAUUGAACCCAACGCAUUACGAUGCCUUGACCGCCAACUUUAGCAUAUUGAGACGUAAACUCUUCGUUCACGCCAGUGACCCUUGGCAGGGCGAUAUAGUUAGUCUCAAAAAUGACUUGAUCGAUUUGACGAAAAACUGGGACAAAGUCGUGGCCUCUCAGUCUAAUACGGACGGCGAGACUAGGCAUCCCUGUCCCAUUGCCUUCUCAGAAGACGAGGUGGCCGAAUGCUUGCGUCUGCAUGACGCGCAAGUAGAUGCAGAUGAAUCGCUUCGGAAUUGUAGAGAUCUCAUCGAUAUUGGGGUUGAAGGAUGGGUGCCUGCUGAGCUGUAUGACGAGAUAAAGCAGCGAGAACAGGAGUUUAAGGCCGAGGCGCUUAAAGCUGCAGAGUCUGAGGAGGAGCGACAGCAAGUAUUCGAGCAUUGGGUAUUUGAUGAUUUUGAUGAGGAGGAGUAUUCGUAG